AUGGUAUCUACAGCUAGCCUACAAGAAAAAUUCAAUGCAGCUGUAAAAGCCAUUCAACGAUUACCUAACGAUGAAUUCACUCGCCUCAUUGGGCCAUUCUAUGAAUUCGUGGACGAUCGAUCAGAAGAAAAUCAGUCAGUAUCAGUAUUAAAAAAUAAAUCGCAUCAUGCCAAUGCUAAGAAGAAAAAACAAAAUGCACUUCGUUCUCUUGUUAAUGGAACCGGUGAAAAAAGUCAUGAUGAAUAUCCAGUGAAUCAUACCAAUGGCCCUAUGCGAACAUUAGUUUCAUCGGGAAACGGUCCAGUGCCAUCUUCAUCUCCUUCUUCGUCAUCAUCAUCAAUCUCUUCGUCUGAUCCGGGAGAAUUCUAUCAGAAUCCAUCCGAUCGACUUUCACCUAAUCCUGACCUAUCGAAAGAUGAUCUUCAAUUUUUUUUUGUCAAAUAUAUCGGAGGAUAUCCAAUGGAUAAUCCUUCGAAAAACCAAGCAACAGGAUCAGAUGAUCGUUUUCUUGGUGAGUCGAUGUUGCGUAGAAUAACGAAUUUUGGUCUUGAACGAAAUCCAAAUCAAACAAAACAUUGGAUGCCAGAUAGUGCUGGCAAAGAAUGUUAUGAUUGCCAGGAAAAAUUUACACCAUUCCGUCGACGUCAUCAUUGUCGUAUUUGUGGUCUUCUAUUUUGUAGUCGUUGUUGUUCAUAUGAACCUCAAGCUAAACUCGCUGGAUAUAGUGAAUCAAAUAUUCGUCUGUGUUCAUAUUGUUCAUCAACUUUAUUGAAAUUACCAAAACCAAAUGCAAUGACGACGACAACGACGACAAUGACGACGACAACUGCAUCAUCAUCAUCAUCAUCAUCAUCAUCGUCAAAUCCGCAAUAUCGUUUAUUAAUCGCUCCAUCAGAUCAAGAACAGCAGCAACAGCAACAACAAUCGCAAACAUAUACACAAGAAGGGAAUUCAUCUGAUAGCACAUUUAAUGCUGAUCAUUUUUCUCUAUCGAAAACGUCGAGUGCUGCACUAUUAUUAAGCGUUGAUAACGAGCAAACAACAAAUAGUAGCGAACAAAAUUCAUCAAAUUCUGAUUUAAGUCAAAAAAAUUCUCAGCAACAAUCUCAACAACGUACAAAUACAAAUUUUAGUUUAAAAUCCUUGUUCAAUGAAAUAUUUCGUACAUCACAAGGUUUGCAAAUGCAAAAACAACGUAAUUUUUUUCGAGCGAUUGAAUGUGUACCAGGAAAAGAUAUUGUCGAUUGGUUACUUAAAAAUCAACGCGCUUCAGUUUUAUCUGAAGCGAAAUUAUUAUGUCAAUGUUUUAUUAAUGAAACAUAUUUAGAACCUGUAGUCUUACCACAAACAUCAUUCAUUGAAUUUAAACCUGAUCACACUUUAUAUAAAUUAGGAAAACGCGGAUUAGAACGUGAUUUGCCAACAGAAUCAAGUCCAUUCCGAGCUGGAAGUAUGGCAUCACUAGCUUCCAAUGAAUCCAAUAGUAUGGAUAUACUUCAACAAAAAAUGGCAAAAUCAACAGGUGUUGUAAUUGGUACUGAUCUUAAUUAUGUUCAAUUUAAUGCACAAGUAGCAAAUACUUUACAAGAUGAUUCAUUAUCUAUAAAUAGUAGAAAAGAAGGAUGUGAUUUUAAUAUGCCAAUUGAUGGAACUGAACCAGCUGAUGACACAGAUGGAAAUUCUACAAUGAAACAAUCGUCACCAUCGGAUUCAAUAUCAUCUUUAUAUAACGAAUAUGAAGAAUUAUUACUCAAACAAAUUCUCAUACAAUUUCAUAUUGACGCCGAAUGGUUUCCCAUAAUUCUAAAUAUCUGUCGAACAUUAGCAAAAAUCAUUCGUGUAACAUCUAUAAGUAAUGAUUCAACACCUAACAAUGACAUACGACGAAAUGUUAAAUUUAAAAAGUUACCUGGUGGUCUCAAAUCAGAAACACAAAUUAUCAAUGGUUGUGUAUUUACGAAAAAUGUCACACAUCGUAGUAUGUCAGCAAGAAUCGAUGGACCACGUGUUCUAUUAUUGAAAUCUCAAAUAGAAUAUCAACGUAGUGAUGAUCAUCGUUUAACAACACUCGAACCUGUUCUUAAUCAAGAGCCACAUUAUCUCUAUUCGUAUGUUGAUAAAAUAAAUUCACAUUUUAGACCUGGCAUACUCGUUGUUGAAAAAAGUGUUAGCAGAUUAGCACAAGAUUUUAUAGUAGCGAAUGGCCUUGUAUUGAUAUACAACGUAAAAGAAAGUAUAAUGCAACGUUUAUCGAAAUGUUUAUGUACAACAGUAAUGACAUCGAUUGAUAGUCGUUUACCAGCCAAUUUUCAAACACCAUUAGGUCGUUGUGAAUAUUUCCAAGUAAAAGAAUAUGAACUCAAUCAUAGGUAUAAAAAGCGUUUGAUGUUUUUUGCUGGUUGUCCGCCUGAAUAUGGUUGCACAGUAUUAAUACGCGGUGGAACAUUACAACAAUUGAAAGUAGUUAAAUCUAUAAUGCGUUUAUUUUUACUUAUAACCUAUAGUACACAAUUAGAACAAUCAUUUUUAAAUGAUUGUUACGCACAAAUAAUAGAUAAUCAUAAUGAUUGUUUGUCUAUCAUAAAACAAUUCGAUUUAGAACAAUCCAUUGAUUCAAUGGUAACAAAUAAACAAACAAUUAUUGAUUUAAUAUCAAAUAAUCUUCUUUUAUCAACAUCACCCUAUGUUAGAUAUAAUCCUCCGUAUAUUUUAACAUGUACAAAUCAACCAUAUGUACCAAGCGAAUUAUUGUAUCAAACAAUACAUAAUAAUAAAUAUCAACAAAAACGUGAUAAAAAUAAUAGUACAAUUGAUGAUGACAAACAAGCUAAAGAUACAGAUAUAUAUAGUUGGUUUUACAAUUCACCAUAUAAUAAUAAAAUUGUUCGUGUUCAUGAUAAACAUAAUUUUAUUAAAGAUAAUACUAUUCUACCUGGUAUUGAUCAAAAUUCGAAAGCUGUCUAUGCUCAUUAUCGAGCAUCUGGCGGUCGAUGUCAAUUUCGACAUCCUAGUUGGUACAAUUGGUUAACUCAACAUCAGCAACAACAACCACGUGAUCAACCAAUAGAAACAAUAUUUGCGCCGUAUCUUGAUUUACGUCUACAUUUACAAAUUGCAAUAUUAUACAGUGCAAAUUGUACUGUUCAAAAUAAAUUGCUAACAUGUCGACAACCAGAAAUUCUUGAAAUGCCAGCAUAUUCAAUUCAAGAUACAACAUUAGGUUCGUUUCUUGAACAGCAUUGCUUUUCCACAAACGAUGCGCCAUGCAAAACUUGUCAACAACCAUUACAAGAUCAUGUUCGACAAAUUGUACAUGGUGAAAUGAAAUUAGUAAUUCGUAUUAAACAUGUUGAUAAAACAACAUCGAAUCUACAAAAAAAUCCGCCAUCAAAUAGUAUCUACAUGUGGAAUUAUUGCGAACAUUGCCGAGAGUCGUCAGCAAAACGUUUGAUGUCAUCUCGUACAUGGUCUUUGUCAUUUACAAAAUUUCUUGAAUUAUUAUUUCAUCUUGAAUCAUUCUCUGUAUCAUCAACGCGUUCAUGUCAACAUCAUAUAUUUCGUGAUCAUUAUCAUUAUUUCCAUUCUCAACAAUUUGUAGCAUCGUUUCGUUUAUUUCAAAUUAAACUCAAAGAAUUCUAUUUACCAAAAUCAACUAUGACUCUUAAACCAUUUGUAUUUGAACGUGAUUAUUAUAUUGAAUUAACAAAAAGUUUAUCUGUUAAUGGUUACAGUAUAUUUUCAACGAUUGUCGAACGUUUAGUUGAAUUUAAAAGUUUUAAUUUAAUGCCAGAUUUUUUGAUAUCGAAAAUCGAUCAAUAUUUAUUACAAGAAAGAAUCGAACAGCAAAUAUUUCGUUCGUUAAUGGAUGAAAUUCAAUUGAAAAUGACAGCUGGAAAUAGUGGUGGUGAUGGUGAACAAAAACGACAAUUAGAUGCCACCAGCUAUGUGUCUAUUGAUGAUCAGAUUGUUGAAGCAAAAAAAUUUAUUACAAAAAUUGUUCAGAAUUGGAAUACAACACUUCUUGAUCUCGUUCAAAUAAUAAAAAAACAAGAAAAACAACGUGAAUCAUCAAAAAAAGUUGCGAUUAAAGCCGUUCCAUCAGGCGAAACAAGUGCAGACAUAGCUAGUUCUUGUCUAAGUGAAACUGAUUUACCCAAUACUUUUGAAAAUUCCUCUACACUUCAAUCGCAACCAUCAGCUACUGGCGAUACUGAUGAAAGUACUAUUGAAAGUGGUUCGACAAAAGUGACAUCAACCGCCGACGAUGAAAUUACUCGACGUACUGGUGUAUUUAAAUUUCUAUCAACAUUUUUACCUACUGCAGAAAAUGAUUUUGUUCCAUUAAAAUCUCCUUUUAAUGACGAUGAACAUUUACAAUUAUCUGGCAAAUUUGUUGUAAAUCAUCGUGAAUUAAGUUCAAUCAUUGCACAUGCUUUAUCCAUGUCCGAAUAUGAGCAACGAUUAAACGAGGAAACUUUACUAUUGAAUGAAACGAUUCAAGAACAAAAUACUGAUGUUAAACAACAAGUUGACGAUAAUGGUACUCCACUGGAGGAUCAUCAACACAUAGACUUACAUUUUCAUGAUUCAUCAACAAAGUUUACUGUAAAAAUUUUCUAUGCAGCUAAAUUUCAUUUACUACGUCAAACUAUAUUGACUAAUCAUAGUGAUGAAAUAUCUUAUAUACGUUCAUUGUCACAUUGUAAAAAAUGGCAACCACGUGGUGGAAAGUCAAAAUCAGAAUUUUGGCAAACAACUGACGAUUAUUUCGUUUUAAAAGAUCUCAAUCAAAAAGAAUCAUUUUCAUUUUCAACAUUUGCACCUUCGUACAUUGAAUAUAUAACGAAUUCAAUAAAAUACAAUCGGCCGACAACAUUGACAAAAAUUCUCGGCAUUUAUCAUAUACAAUAUCGUCAUAAUACAACAGGAGAAAAUUUCAAACGUGAUAUAUUGGUUCUAGAAAAUUUAUUAAAUAAUCAAAACAAUAUUUUUAAUUCAACAAUACCACCGAUUAUUUAUGAUUUAAAAGGUUCAAUGAGAAAUCGUUUAGCUAUUGUUGACGAAACACAAACCGAUGUUGUUUUCUUAGAUGAAAAUUUUUUAACGCAUACACACGAAAAUCCUUUCUAUGUACGUUUACAUACAAAAUGGACAUUAAUGAAAGCCUUAAAUGCCGAUACACAAUUUUUAUCCAAACAUGGAAUUGUUGAUUAUUCAUUAUUAGUAUCAUGCCAUAAUGAUGAGCAACAAUCCAUUGUUUUCGUUGGUAUUAUUGAUUACAUACGAACAUAUACAUGGGAUAAAAAGAUUGAAACUAUUGUUAAAUCAAUGAGUAGUGUAGGUCAAUCGCCAACUGUUAUAUCACCCGAGCAUUAUAGAACAAGAUUUUUACGUCGAAUGGAUCAAUAUUUUCCUGUAGUACCAGACGAAUGGCAUGCAUAUGAAAAGAAAUUUUUAGAUCUAUCAUUAUUCCAAACGGAAACCAUGGCAGCGAAUCUAGUUAAUGACUUACCGACUUAA